AUGGGCAAGCAAUACAUCUCCACGGUUCUGGCGGCUCAGGCCCACAAGCUGGACAUUACGGGAGUGGCGAUCACCAACAAAUAUACCAUCACCGUUUCAUCGGACGGCUAUGCCAAUUUCUGGGACAACAAACAGGUCGACGUCCACGACCCUAACGACCAUGUGGUGAAGCAAGACAUCGGCUCUAAAGGGCUCCAUCACGUCGCCUGUCUUGAGAAAACGCUCGGGGGUCUGGGAGUGAAAGUGGUUGUGGUGGCAUUCACCGGGUUCGAUGGCCUGACAAAGCUUUUCUACUACACUGGCGAUGACAUCUCCACCUGGACCGAGAUCGACUCGCUGCGAUUCGCCACGCUGACGUGGGUGCCGGCAUUCUACAAUAACCCUGUGGGCAAUCGAGAUUCGCUUCUCGUGUCUUUGGUCAAUGGCCAGGUUUCGAUUAACGAUGUGGAGUACGAAGUCACUGACGAUGGCAAAUUGACGGGGGUGAAAAUCACCGACACCGGCGCGUUCAACCCAAACCUUGGCAGUUUCCCAAUCUCGCUUGCGGUGCUGGCCACGGAAGACCCGGUGUUCGCUGUCGGCUACACCAACGGCGAUGUGCUUUUGUGUGAGUUAGCUAAGAAGAAGAUCAUCUAUUCGUUGCAUUCGAGUGAUUUGAAAUUGCAGGGUGACAAGCUGAGUUCCGUCCCCAGAGUGCUUGAAUUCUCCCCUGGUGGCAUGAUCUUGGCAGUUGGUCGCGAUAUUGAACUGGCGGGUACGAUUUCCUUGUACGACGUUGUUUACGGGGAAAACAUUGGGCUGCUUACAGUUCCCUCCCACUCGAACAACACCGGUAUUGGCGGGUUUGCUCAUGAAGGAUGGAUCCUUGGCUUGUCCUUCAACGGUACCGGGGAGUUCUUAGCCUCUUGCGGUUACGAUAAAGUAAUCAGAGUGUGGAACGUUGACACUAAGGAACGUGAAGCUACCAUCACGGUGUCGAUCACUGACCUUGAAGAUACCGAGCAUGACGAAAAUACCGACGUUAGUGUUGUUUCGGGUGUGCGCUUCAUUAACAAGGGGAUUCGUGGCGGUGCUGGUGGCGAUGCCAACGAUGGUCUUGUGGCCAUUAGUUUCGACCGCGGUGUCAGAUGGUAUCGUGAAGCUGGUGGCAUUUGA